GACCGAUCAUGCAACGAGACGAAAAGAUCAACCUUAUGACGGAUAUAAUUUUGUGCAAUAUUUGGGGAACAGACACAAAGAAAAAAAUGGGUCUUGGUUUAUAUAGCGAACACGCCCUGCAUCGAGCAUGGAUGGAUGUGUCAUAAGAAGAUUGGUGUAGCUGUAUUGAAGCGGCCCAAAACUAGACUGGCUUUACCCCGUCCGGCAGAGCGGGAAGUUCGGUUUGCAGCUCAUGGUUUGUGAAGACAGGAAGAACAACAUGCACCAUGAUGUUGAGGGCGAGAAGACCCCCCAGACAACGAAGUGUUUUGGACAGUACAAAUUCACAGCAGAGGAAUACCUGGCAGUACAGAAUGCAUUGCGGCAGAAGCUGGGGCCAGAGUACAUCAGUACCAGGAUGGCUGGAGGGGGCCAGAAGGUGUGUUACGUGGAGGGCCAUCGUGUGAUCAGCCUGGCUAACGAGAUGUUUGGCUACAACGGCUGGUCUCACUCCAUCUCACAGCAGAACGUUGAUUUCGUAGACCUUGUUAAUGGAAAGUUCUACGUCGGCGUCAGCGCUUUCAUCAAGGUCCAGUUAAAGGACGGGUCCUUCCAUGAGGAUGUGGGCUAUGGCGUGAGCGAGGGGCUCAAGUCGAAGGCUUUGUCGCUGGAGAAGGCCAGGAAGGAGGCCGUCACGGAUGGAAUGAAGAGAGCACUCAAAUGUUUUGGCAACGCCCUGGGUAACUGUAUCCACAAUAAGGAAUACCUGAUAGCUAUCAACAAGAUCCCCAAACAGCCCACCCCUCCUCUAGACCCCGCCCAAACCAAGCGCACAGACGGUGAGCCUAUGAUAGAGAAAGCUCGUUUGUCCAGCUUGGCCCACGACAACAACAUGACCGGAUCCUCACGAAACCCAUUGGAGCUCAGAACCGGCCACCAGAACCGUUCGGAAGGCCGGAGCCGUGCAACCGAAGUCCAAACCGUACUCUUUCCCUCCCCUAGUAUUGGUUCCAAACUACAGCCAGAUCAGCUGGACAAGAAGGAAAACAUUGAUGGUCCUCUUUUAGAGCCUUCGGAUGAUGGAGUCUCUGAAGGACAGACAGACCCAAAGCAGCUGAGAAAGCUCAAGCAGCAGCAACUCCAGCAAAAGUUCAGAAAGGAGAUGGAAGCCAGGAAACAAACACCGAAGCACGAGAAAUCUAAAUUCAAAUCUGAACAUAUCCAGACCAGCAUUGGUCAGAAACCUCCUCAAGAAGAUGACCCAGAGCUCUGGAACUUCACCCUGGAGGGGAUCGAGGAGCUGAACGGCUCCGCAGAGGGGGGCCUGAGGCCCACCCCACCCGGAAACCACCAGAUGCAGACGCGCAGUAUGACCCCUCAGAGGGAACCCAAAAGUCCUGGAAGGCCCCGAGAUGUAGAUCCCCCGCAGGGCGGUCCGACAUACUGCCACCAAGCCCCCGGGCAAGACGUCCCCCAGUAUGGAAACGGACAUCCCAAUCACCCCCAGGGCCAGGGGUUCAGCCCAUACAGACAAGGGCAAUACAUGAAAAAACGGAAACUGGACACAUGAACUAAUACAAAACAAAUGAAUGUUCCUUUUCAUUGUUUUAAAUUUUUUUACAAUUAUUUUAUAUUUAUUUGUUAAUGUGAACAAUGCAUUUCUAUUGUUAUUUCUUUUGUUGAUUGAUAUGUAUUUCUUCAUGCUUGGUGUUUCUGUAAACCAGGUAAAAUAAAACGUUGCUUAUCACGUAAGUUGCAUAGCAGUCCCUCUUCAACCAUUUCCAUUCUACAGGUGGAGGGUUUAAUUGUUUAGUGACGUCAAGGUCCAUAUUUAGUGUGACACCAACAUUGUCCUACACUAUCGAACACAGGAUUAUUGAUGCGGUGUGUAGACGAGGCUGGUUGCCUAAUAGUAUGCUGAACUGGUUUUAAAUGGCUAUGCUGCUUUUGUCGACGAGACCUUAUAAAAAAUACUUCCUGGAAGAUCUAGAACAAGGAGCUCAAUGCACAGCAGGGCUUGAGCUCAAUGGCAUAAUGCCCCGAUAGUAAUUGGUCCAUUACAAGAUUAUGAUUCCCGUGAUAAAACCAAAUUGGACACUUGACAUCAAGUCAAUCUUUGAACCCAAAAAAAAAAAGUCAGGAGCUUUACAUUUUUAUUUGUACAUUUUGUACAAUGUGAAAAACAUACACAAAUCCAGAGAACACUGAGUCACAGGAAGAUAGCAAAGAGGGGGACCGAUAUAAAGAGCACAACAGGAUGCUUCUGAACAAGUUUUGGAACAUGUAUUGAGUAUUUUCUGUAAUAUCGACAGUAGCUGUGUAACACAUUAGUAAGGUGCUGUACAGUGGUUAAGUUGUGAGUUGGUUGUCUGUAGAAUGAAACCCAAAGGAUCUAGCAUGCAAGAUUCAUACUGACCAAUAAUUUAAUAUGCUGUGCUCGCGACUGGUCAAUCGCUAAAAGAAAAUCAGUUCAGCGCUUUGUGUGUUCGUACAAAUGAGAGGAGGAAAUCAAUACAUGAGAUCGCUGUAUUCCAUUAUCAAAAAAGAUGGAGGUCAAUAACACCCCUCAAUAACAUGCAAAUGUUUUCC